AUGAGUGAACAAAUGGCUCGGAUGCAGGGCUGCAGUGUGCUCGUGCUGGACGAUAGCGACAAGCUGGUGAACAAGUACGACCACAAGGUGACGGUCGUGUGCAGCUACGAUCCACAGGGUAUGGCCGUGCGGUUGCUGCAGGAAGGUGCCACGCCACCCAAGCAGCUGGAGGAGUACCUGGUGAGCGGGGCGGGCACGACCCAUCUCAGCCGGGGCCACACGUCACACAUGCUGGUGGUUGGAGGGGAGCUGGUGCUGUUCCGGUUCGCGUCCAGGGGCGACUGUCAGCAGUUCCGCAGCCUGCUGCACAAGCUGUCCGGCAAGGUGAACUCAGUAUUCAACCUCCGCACGGAGGACUCGUCCGCGUCGCAGUAUUUCCAGUUCUACGGCUAUCUGUCGCAGCAGCAGAACAUGAUGCAGGACUUUGUGCGGACCAGCACGUACCAGCGGGCGAUCUACAACAAUGCGCAAGACUUCCAGAACAAGAUCGUGCUGGAUGUGGGGGCCGGAUCCGGCAUUCUGUCGUUCUUUGCUGUCCAGGCCGGUGCCGCGAAGGUGUACGCGGUAGAGGCCAGCAAUAUGGCGCAGUACGCACAGCAGCUGGUCAGCUCGAACAAUCUCACCGAUCGAAUAAUCGUGAUCGCGGGCAAGAUCGAGGAGAUUGACCUGCCGGAACGGGUGGACGUCAUCAUCUCCGAGCCGAUGGGCUACAUGCUGUACAACGAGCGCAUGCUCGAGACGUAUCUGCACGGCAAGAAGUGGCUGAAGCCGGACGGCAAGAUGUAUCCGUCCCGGGGCGACCUGCACGUCGCCCCGUUCACCGACGAAGCGCUCUACAUGGAGCAGUACAAUAAGGCCAACUUCUGGAUGCAGACUGAGUUUCACGGCGUGAAUCUGGUGGCGCUGCGCGACGCAGCGAUGAAGGAGUACUUCCGCCAGCCGAUCGUUGACACGUUCGACAUACGCAUCUGCAUGGCGAAAUCGAUCCGGCACACCACGAACUUCCUCACGGCGGACGAGAAGGACCUGCACCGGAUUCAGAUCGAUGUCGAGUUCCACAUGCUGGAGACGGGCACGUGCCACGGGUUGGCGUUCUGGUUCGACGUCGAGUUUGCCGGCACCUGCUCACAGAUCUGGCUGUCGACUUCGCCGACCGAGCCGCUCACGCACUGGUACCAGGUGCGCUGCCUGCUGCAGACGCCCAUCUUCGUGAAGCAGGGCCAGGUGCUGUCGGGCAAGGUGGUGCUGGCAGCAAACCAGCGCCAAAGCUACGACGUAGAAAUCGACCUCAAGCUCGAGGGUACGAUGAUCAGCUCCUCGAACACGCUCGACCUAAAGAACCCCUACUUCCGGUACACUGGCGCACCGGUUGCGGCACCGCCCGGCUCCAACACCACCUCACCGAGCGAAGCGUUCUGGAGCCAGCUGGACGCACAGGGCGCCCGCAAUGCGGUCAACCUCGUCAACGGCAUCACGGUGAACGGGCUCGGCGAGGUCGACAUGUCGUCGACAAUCAUCAACACCAACCUGAUGGCGAUCGGUGGCGGUGCGAACGGUGGCGGCCCUGGCGGCCAUCAGCCGAACAUUCAUCCGGGACUUAUUUCGAGCACGGGACAGCAGCAACAGCAGCAACAGCAGCAGGCCGCAGUCGGUCCGCAGCAGCAACAGCAGCAACAAUCGACCACGGCCCAGCAGCUGGCAAUGACACCACCGAUCGGUUGUGCGGCCACCUCCACGCAGAACGUCGCCCAGCAUCAGCUGAUCGGUGGCGCUAUCUCACCGUCCCUGUUUACCUCUCCGGCUCAACCCAUCCUCAACAGUCACCAUCAUCAUCCGGGCCAGCCGAUUCACGGCAACCAGUUCUACUAGGUAGGGAGGGAAAAAGAGCAACGGCCCACGGGGGUUAGGCGGUAACAUUCGAUCGAUCGUAUCAUUGUAUUGCCACCCUGUACAGACUUUCAUGGCAGAGGGUCUGUUUUUGAAACGCCAGUUAAGUUCUUUCCACCCACGGAAUCGUGGCUUACGCUGUUGCUAUACUGCCACGGCCAGAGCGGCACCAGCGGCCAGACGGGGGGAAAGCAACACAAACAUCCCAUCAAACAUUCUCAUACACACAACGAAGUUUGCAAUCAUACUAGUUUACGGCUACCUUAACGUCAUGUACCGUCACGCCGUGAAUUCGAGGCAUCAUUCCUGAUUCAUAACCCGUAGCUAGAACGAUGCUUGAUUUAAGGGGAAAUCGUGUUUGUGUUUGUGUACGAUUUUAAUCUGUUUAGUUUUAAGUUGUCCGUUUGUCCCUGCACAAUCGUUGAUGUGCUUUAUACUUUUAUUCAAUUGCUUUUAAUCCAACUGAGAUUACGAUCCUUUUCGUUCCGGUGAGCUGAGAUAGAAUCCAUCGCCCAAAACCUGCAGGCUUGAAGCUAUGCGCAAGAGAGAUUCACACACACUUUAAGGCUGUCUGUAGCGUACACUUUUAUUAUCCACUAGCUGUACAUUUGUGUUUUAAUUCGUCUGUCCCCGUUAGCUUCGCAGCGGCAUACGCUUAUUCCGUGUUUAAAUUGAACGUCGAAAAGGAAGAACACUGAUUGCGCCCCACGAUAGUAGACCUGACAAUUGAUUCCAUCCAAAACGGUGUAAUUACGUGUGUUUGUGCGUGUGUAUGAGUGUUAGUGUGUGUGUGCGCGUGAGGAGGCAUAAAGUGGGCAGGACACCAUAGAACGACCGGGAUGAGCAUGGCAGCUUGACACACCCAAUCAGUUUCUGCUUUAUCUGUGAAUACGAAAUACGGCAUCGUUCUGGCAGAUGGACAUAGAUUUGCAUUCCAGCAAGAAAUUGAACAUACUUGAGGCAUCGAUUGUUUUGUCGAAUAACUUGCUUUCAAAUUAUACACUGAAGAUUUACGCUGCUAAAUACGUUCACAAGACAAGACAAGAGCAUCGGAAAGCAUGCGUAAUAGUUUUAGUAGUAAACUUUGCCCGAAAAAAAAACGCACACAGACCCACUCAGUAGUAGCAUAGAGUUAGUCCGCCCGCAUCCUUAAUUGACAAUCGCUAGACCAACUGAAAUUGAGGCAUUUUUAAUUUAAUUAUAACUAUUGCUACGUUUAAUAUUAUUAUUAUUAUGAUUAUUAUUAUUAAUAUUAUUAUCAUCUAGCUUCGACUACGUUGUGCUCAAACGGGCCUAGGUUAAAAAGAUAAUGGGCGGCGUGAAGGUCGGUCUUAGGAGAGUACGGUUUUUUCCUUCAGUAUAAUUCUCUUCUUCGCACGAGACACACAAUAAACCAAAUUCUGGCGUCGACAUCUUAUUCAAGCAAAAUAGAGAGAUUAUUUUAAGUUUA